AUGGCCUUGUUCUUCGACCUCCUCGACAUCGCAAAGGAAAAAGGCCCUCUCCUGGCAGCUGCUGGCAUCAGUGCCCAUGUUUUCUAUUGGUCUCGCGGGGAACGCAGCGCCAAGGAGGGUCGCGCCUGGGUCUAUGCCAAUCUGAUUGUGAACACCUUAGCCCUACUCACCACCAUCAACAACCAUGGAAGCUGGACAAGCAUCUAUGCAUGGGUCCUGGGCAUCAGCACCGUCUUCGUACUGAACAUCUGCUUCUACUUCUCCCUCUUCACCUCAGUGCUAACCUACCGCGCAUUCUUUCACCGUCUGCAUCACUUCCCAGGCCCAUUCUCUCUCAAGCUGUCUAAGUUUGUAACCGGAUACGAGAACCUCGAGAAAAACCGAAACUUCGAACGCGUAUGGAACCUCCACAAACAAUACGGAGAUAUCGUCCGCACAGGACCCCAGGAACUCAGCAUCUUGUCGGCUGAAGCCAUCGAUGUCAUCUACGGUCCUUCAAGCAAAUGUACCCGUGGCCCAUGGUAUGAUCGCCUGAAGGGCUCGGGUGACUUCACGCAUGAUUAUGCGGUGUUUCAUAUGCGGGAUCCGGCUCUGCAUUCUCAGCGGAGGAAGGCUCUUUGGGAUAAGGUGUUUAGUGGGAGAGCGCUGAAAUCCUACCAACCAAUGGUCAUCCGCACAACGGAGCAGUUCCUCGAUGCUGUGGCUCAGCGCGUCAAUCAACCGCUUUCUGUUCCCAGUACCAUGUCACUCCUCAGCUACGAUCUCAUGGGAGUCGUCGGGUGGGGCCACUCCUUCAACAAUAUAGAGACGUGGGAGCUGAACCCGAGUCUGCAUUUCAUCAAGAACAUGAGGGCUGGUCAGCAUGUCAUGGUUCAUACGCCGUGGCUCAUUAGCUUGUUAAUGAGCCUGCCGGGUGCUGGUAGUGCAAUUCGAGAGUAUGGAAAUUGGAUCCAGGAUCGUAUCCAAGAAAAACGGCAACAAGAGGAACGAAAUGAGGUGCCUGGGGAAGAUAUCAUGACGAGGAUGCUCCCGUCCAUGCGCGGUCUAUCUAAAAAGGCGUUGUAUAGUGAGGGGGAAUUGCUCGUUAUUGCGGGAGGAGACACCAGCUCUGUCACAAUGAGCGUUAUUAUCUACCAUCUCGCCAGUAACCCGUCCCUCCAACGCAAACUUCAAGCCGAACUCGACUCCGCAGCAGCGAAGCGCCAAAAAGACCCAGCACCCCCCACCGAGUCCCCCGAGGACACCUACUACCGCUCCAUAUCCUCCCUCCCUUACCUUAACGGCUGCGUCAGCGAAGCCCUCCGCAUCCAACCCCCAGUGCACGGUGGGAUCCAGCGCAAAACUCCACCAGAAGGAAUCCACAUCCCCAACGAGAAAGGCACCUCCACCUUCAUCCCGGGACAUACACUGGUCAGUGUGCCGAUCCUACCCGUCCAGAAUGACCCCCGGUACUAUAGGAACCCGGAGGAGUAUGUCCCCGAGCGCUGGACGGACGAAAAGCCCGAUUGGAUUAUGAAUAGAGCGGCAUAUUUCCCCUUUGUAGGUGGUGCAUAUAGUUGUGUUGGAAAGGGGUUGGCGUAUAUUGAGUUGAGGGUUGUGGUGGCGAUGUUGUUUGGGAGAUUUAAUGUACGGUUGGCGGAAGGGGAGGAUGGGAGGAGGUUUAGGGAGGAGACGAGGGAUACGUUUGUGGCAAGUUUGGGGGAGUUUAGGGUUGUGUUUAGUGAGAGGGCGGAAUAA